CGCGCGAUGGCGACGACGACCGCGCCCGCGCGCGCGACCGCGCGUCGCGCCGCUCCCGUCCGCGCGGCGGCGCGCGCGUCACGACGCCGCGCCGCCGACGUCGCCCCGCGCGCGCGCGCGGUCCCGCCGCGCCGUCGCGCCGUCGUCGCGCGCGUCGCGUCGCUCGCGUCGUCGUCGUCGUCGUCGUCGUCGUCGUCGUCGUCGCGCCGCGCGCGUCGUCUCCCGCGCGACCGCGUCGCUCUCGUAGCGUCGCCUCGCGCGCCGCCGCCGCGCGUCGUCGUCGUCGCGCGCGCGCGCGGCGACGACGACGACGACGACGCGCGCCCCGACCUCGUCCCGCGCCGCCCCGCGCGCCUCGCGUCGCGCGCGCUCGGCGACGCGGCGUCCACGUGGGCCGCGCUCGCGCUCUCCGCGACGACGCUCACGUCGAUCGUGGCUCUCGCGGUCGCGCACGUCGACGACGCGGCGUACUUUGGCGGCGGCGGCGCGGACGACUGGGACGUCGACGGCGGACUCGGACUCGGACUCGGACUCGGCGGCGUCGGCGGCGGGAUCGACGCGCUCGCGCCCGGAUCGGUCGUCGCCGCGUGCCUUUGGUCCUUCGGCCUCUUCUUCAAGUCGCCUUUGCAGAUUCUUCUCGUGUUUCUCGGCAGGACGGACACGGAGCGGCCGAGCGACUGGCUGCUUCGACGGAGCCCGAUCGCGCGCUACAGGACGAACGAUACGUCCGCGACGCGCUCGGAGAAGAACGAGAGCGAGAGCGCCGGCGGCGAGAACGUCGACGCGUGGGAGUCGGCGUCGGCGACGGAGCGGCUCGCGAUCGUCGUCUUUUUCGCCGCGUGCGGAUGCGCGGUGACGUACGGUUUCGAUACCAUGUUCGCGGGCGAGGAGAACUGGGGCCUCUCCGCGGGGAUCGGAUUCGCGAUGUUGUCGUUCGUCGCCGAGCUCGGGUCGCCGACGCGGUACACGCGCGAGGAGUUGAGGACGCUUGAGGCGCAGUACGAGGAUUUUCGCGCCUUCGCGGACGCGCGGCUGCGACGCGCGGGGAGGUGCCACGUCACUGAGAUUUCCUCCGCGUUUCGCCGCGCGCACGCGGAGUAUGCUGACGUGGAUGUCCUCAGCGAAUCGGAUUUGCGGACGAUGAUCCUGAAUUGGUACCCGAACGCGGAACGUACGAGCGGUGGGUACUACAAAAACGUGUCGCUCGCGGAGAUCCCGGGGCGGACGAAGACGACCGUGAAGGAGCUCGGGUUGUGAAGGUGUACGUGUACGUUAAUACGGGAUGGGUUAGAGCUCAGUUUUUGUGUAAUAAUAUCUACACACGUUAAU